UAUCUUUCCACAUUGUUAGUUACUUUAUAAGCUACUGAAAAUGAAUUCCUUAUUAGUUACGCUGGGAAUAUCACUUACAAUUAUCAACUGUAAAGCUGCAAUAUUUGAUUAUUCAAAUAUUACACCUUGGAGAGUAGCUUAUGCUGUAUAUCCUGUAUAUAAUUCUGAACCAUGGAUUGAUGUUUGGAGAAAUCAACAACCACCUCAAUCAUGGAUUGAAGUUUGGAAAAAUGAAAGAUCUUGGGAUGUUUUUAAUAAUGCUGUAAAUCUUAAAUUUGGUGAUGACCACAAAAAUGAGAAUAAUUUAAAUACAAAAGUUGCUGGUCUCAAUAAUCUUCUUCAAAAUUCACAACAGCCAGUAAAAUCUGUAGAAAAUAAGAAUUUAAAAUCUAAAAAGUCAUUGAACUACUCAUGGCCUAGAAAUGACAAGGAUUGGUCAAAAAAUGUGAAAAAAGAUCAUGCAUCAAUUUAAAUUCUACAAGACAAUUAUUUAGUGCACAUAGAAAAUAAUUUGGUACAAUGUUAUAUAUAUUUGUAUUCUGGCUUUGUAGUCUGCUUAUAGCAAAUAAAUGUAAAUA